GUGUGUAGCACGUUUUAACCUGUUCACUGGCCAUCUCGUUCUCUCUUGAAUAAAGGCCUCUUGUACUUCUACUGCCUGCGAAACAAAUCAGUUAAUUGAAUUUGAUUAGUGUUGCGACUACGAAGACGACGACAUUAACGGUAAUUCGGUGCUAUUGUAAAUAUUCCACAACAAGGAAGAAACAAACCAGCCAGUUUUGCAUUGCUCGUCUCCGAAAAAGACAUUUUUUGAAAGAGAUAACCUACCAAAAUAUCAUGUUGAACCUCAAAGGAAAUGCACCAACUGCUUCUGAGUCUGCUGUGAGCACAACGACAACAGCAACACCCGGACCAUUGACUGGCGUUGUAUCCGCAACAACACCGGCUGCACCCGAUCUACCCGUGUUCACAUGCCCACGCAGACCAAAUUUGGGCCAUGAAGGUCGUCCGAUAUUGUUGCGCGCCAAUCAUUUUCAGAUUUCGAUGCCACGCGGUUUCGUCCAUCACUAUGACAUUAACAUUCAACCGGAUAAGUGUCCACGCAAAGUGAACCGUGAAAUCAUCGAAACGAUGGUACAUGCGUACAGUAAAUUAUUUGGUGUAUUGAAGCCAGUAUUUGAUGGUCGCAACAAUUUAUAUACACGCGAUCCGUUGCCCAUUGGAAACGAUCGUUUGGAGUUGGAGGUAACAUUGCCGGGUGAGGGUAAAGAUCGUGUAUUUCGUGUGUCGAUCAAAUGGUUGGCCCAGGUUUCACUAUUCAAUUUGGAAGAGGCGCUCGAGGGUCGUACACGUCAAAUUCCAUACGAUGCCAUAUUGGCAUUGGACGUGGUUAUGCGUCAUUUGCCAAGCAUGACAUACACACCUGUCGGUCGCAGUUUCUUCAGUUCGCCAGAUGGCUACUAUCAUCCAUUGGGCGGCGGUCGUGAAGUUUGGUUUGGUUUCCAUCAAAGUGUACGACCAUCACAGUGGAAAAUGAUGCUUAAUAUUGAUGUUUCGGCAACUGCAUUUUACAAAGCACAACCAGUUACUGACUUUAUGUGCGAAGUUCUCGAUAUUCGUGACGUAUUAGACCAGCGAAAACCACUUACAGAUUCACAGCGUGUCAAAUUUACAAAAGAAAUUAAAGGCUUAAAAAUCGAAAUCACACAUUGCGGAACAAUGAGGCGAAAGUAUCGUGUGUGCAACGUAACACGACGUCCAGCUCAAAUGCAAUCAUUCCCAUUACAAUUAGAAAACGGACAAACGGUUGAGUGCACCGUAGCGAAAUAUUUCCUCGAUAAAUACAAAAUGAAGUUGAAGCACCCACAUUUGCCCUGUCUUCAAGUGGGCCAAGAACACAAGCAUACCUACUUGCCACUGGAAGUAUGCAACAUUGUUGCUGGGCAACGUUGCAUCAAAAAACUAACGGAUAUGCAAACGUCAACAAUGAUCAAAGCCACUGCACGUUCAGCUCCCGACAGAGAACGGGAAAUCAACAAUUUAGUACGUCGGGCUGAUUUCAACAAUGAUGCCUAUGUACAAGAAUUCGGAUUGACCAUUUCCAACAGUAUGAUGGAAGUACGCGGUCGUGUUCUUCCUCCACCAAAACUACAGUAUGGCGGCCGAGUGUCGUCGAUCAGCGGGCAACCAUUAUUUCCUCCACAGAACAAAGUUAGCCUUGCAUCUCCCAACCAAGGUGUUUGGGAUAUGCGUGGCAAACAAUUUUUCACUGGUGUCGAAAUUCGCGUCUGGGCUAUCGCUUGUUUCGCACCACAACGUACUGUACGAGAGGAUUCGCUGCGCAACUUUACCCAACAGCUACAGAAAAUAUCCAACGAUGCUGGCAUGCCAAUCAUAGGCCAGCCAUGCUUCUGCAAAUAUGCCACCGGACCUGAUCAAGUUGAACCCAUGUUCAGAUACUUAAAGAAUAGCUUUAAUGCACUACAACUUGUUGUAGUUGUACUUCCUGGAAAGACACCUGUUUACGCUGAGGUUAAGCGAGUUGGUGACACUGUUUUGGGAAUGGCCACACAAUGUGUCCAAGCGAAAAAUGUCAACAAAACAUCGCCACAAACACUAUCCAAUUUAUGCUUAAAGAUCAACGUUAAACUGGGCGGCAUCAAUUCCAUCUUAGUCCCAUCCAUACGACCAAAAGUAUUCAAUGAGCCAGUCAUAUUCCUUGGAGCUGAUGUGACCCAUCCACCAGCUGGUGACAAUAAAAAACCAUCUAUUGCUGCCGUUGUUGGCUCCAUGGAUGGUCAUCCAUCGCGAUACUCGGCCACCGUCCGUGUUCAGCAGCAUCGACAAGAGAUUAUUCAAGAGCUUAGCAGCAUGGUGCGUGAGCUCUUGAUAAUGUUCUACAAAUCCACCGGUGGCUAUAAGCCACACCGAAUCAUUUUGUAUCGUGACGGUGUCUCUGAAGGUCAAUUCCCACAUGUGCUGCAACACGAAUUGACCGCAUUGCGGGAAGCCUGCAUCAAAUUGGAAGCUGAUUAUAAACCGGGAAUUACAUUUAUCGUUGUUCAGAAGCGACAUCAUACGCGACUAUUCUGCGCUGACAAAAAAGAACAAAGCGGCAAAUCGGGCAAUAUUCCAGCUGGUACAACGGUCGAUGUUGGCAUCACACAUCCAACCGAAUUCGACUUCUACCUUUGCAGUCAUCAAGGUAUUCAGGGCACCAGUCGACCAUCACACUAUCACGUUUUAUGGGAUGACAAUCAUUUCGAUUCCGAUGAAUUGCAAUGUCUCACGUAUCAAUUGUGUCACACAUAUGUUAGAUGCACAAGGUCAGUGUCAAUACCAGCGCCAGCAUAUUAUGCACAUUUAGUUGCGUUCAGAGCCAGAUAUCAUUUGGUUGAAAAGGAGCAUGAUUCAGGCGAAGGGUCUCAUCAAAGUGGGUGUUCGGAGGAUCGUACGCCUGAUUCCAUUCCUUUUAUUUCAGGUGCAAUGGCCAGAGCUAUCACUGUACAUGCCGAAACGAAAAAAGUGAUGUAUUUUGCAUAAACAACCAACAUUUUUAAAGAAACCACAUACACACACCCAUAUAGAAACCACAUACACACACACACACGGAAAACAUCCCACAGAUUUGCUUCAAUUUUUUUUUUUAUAUAUAUAUUUUUAGAAAAAAAGAGAAACAAAGAAAUCAAACCCCUUAAAAAAUUCAAAUUAAUUUCAUCGAUUGAUCAGUUCACAUGCAACCAUUCACACAAACACAUAUUGAAAUAAAUUAAUUAUACCUAGUUUAAAGAAGAAAAACAAACCGUUAGAUGAUAGUUUAGCAGACAAAAAGAGAAUCGACCCAAAUGAACGAAAAUGAAACUCUCAAGCACUCAAACAGUUUAACAAAAAACGUGUAUAUGUAUUCUCUCGCUUUAUUUUCGGCUACAGUAAAUGUGGAUUCAAUCAAAAGAAGAAAUAUUGAAGAAUUAAAUGAAAAUGAAACACAUAUAAAAAA